GCCCAAGUUUGACAUGACCGUAAACACACCGCAGACCUACAGCAUUGCAGUUAUGGGACUAAAAGUUGAGUCUUGUGCCAAAUGUAAUGGUGUCAAUCUGCAAUGGUGUCCUUUACAAACAAAGCUGUAUAUCUCUUGGAGGGGAGCAACUGGCCCAACAAACUGCUGUUUAAUCUAACCACAAUCAAGAAUGGACGGGCUGGGUUCUCCAUAAACAGUGCUAAUCUUAAGGCUGAUCUGAAUCUGGUGGCGAGUGCUAAUCCAGAGGUUUUUUAUGGUUAUAAAUCGCCAUACUUCACUACAGAUACAAGUGACCGUGGAGUAUUCAUUUGUUGGAGAGGCUGGUAGCUACAGUGCUGACAUAAUCUAUAGGGUUUUAUCCAAAGGAGUGAUUGUCCUCCAUGGAUUUCAGACGGUUAAAGCAAAGGCUGGUGAUGCAGUCACAAGUGGCUCUGUGACGUUCCAGUUGUCUGUCAGCGUCGAUAUGGCUCCAGUAGUGCAGAUUCUGGUCUACAGCGUUCUUCCCAGUGAGAAUAUAGUUGCUGGUAGUGUGCCGUUUGACACCGAUCUGUAUUUGCAGAAUCAGGUGUCUCUGCAGUUUUCUCCAGCUACGGCUGUUCCUGCGGAUGGAAACGUUCUGAUGGUUUCUGCUCAAGCAGGAUCUCUGUGUGGCCUCAGUGCUGUAGAUCAGAGCGUCCGGAUCAUGGAGCCAGGAAGACGUCUGAGUGAAGCACACAGACAGCCUUUCAGCAAUCAGGUUUUUUGUUUGGGCAUUUAAUCUGAAUAUUUCAGUGUGUGGCACUUCUAAUUAGAAUGCCACUUCAGUUUACCCCAGUGUCUGAAGUACAAGGGCCUGAAUUUUUAUCGCAACUUCAGUGUCGGUACGUCUGUUAGUUUGAUUCUUGCUCUAGAAAUUGGUAAAUGACUUAAAGAUAAAAUGAAAAAAAUGUAGGCUUUUAAUAUGACGGUCGGAAGUCCGUGCGUGCGUGCUUGCGUGCGUCUGUCCGUGCGUGCGUGCGUCCGUCUGUCCGUCCAUCAGACACAAAGACCUAGGCGCCGCAGAAUGGAGUAACCAUGGAGUGAAGAGUCCCAGCACUAGUCUCCCAAGUCUUUGAGGUCCAAAAAAUACGUUUUGCCCAAGUUUGACGUGACCGUAAACGCACCGCAGACCUACAGCGUUGCAAUUAUGGGACUGAAAGUUGAGUCUUGUGCCAAAUAUACAUAUGGCCAACCUGUACCUGGUCAAGCCUUAGUGGAAGUGUGCCGUGAUCCAUUUCCACACAGUCUGCUUCAUAAUUUGACCAGACUGUGCCUGACUCAAACCGCAAAGAUGAAUGCCACGGGCUAUGCCUCUCUCACUGUUGAUGCGUCAGUGUUUUUCAACACCAAAUUUGAAGACCAAAUGCAAUACACAUUUCUUGUAAAUGUGAAUGAAACUGAGGAGGGAACAGAUGUAAUGGUGUCAAAAUCUGCAAUGGUGUCCUUUACUAACAAAGCUCUAUAUCUCUUGGAGGGGAGCAACUGGCCCAACAAACCGCCGCGGCCAAUGCCCUGUACUCGGACUUCUCCAAGGCGAAGAAUUUAUGCAGAUCAGAGAGUUCUCUCCUCAAGUCCAUAUACAGCAGCCACUGAGGGCAGGCCAGUUCUGCCUAGAGAUCAAGACGAUCCAACUCAGCCCAUGAGGGCACUGCCUGUAGAUUCACGAGGUGACGUUCUGCAUUCUCAUUCUGUCAGUCACAAAGAGAUUGAUUAUCUCACUGACAACCUAGGAGACCUGAGACUACCAGGCUCAGCAACUCUGCUAACUUCAAGUCAUCCUUUCUCUUCUUAUGAACCAACUCAAUCCCAACACAAGCUAGCCCAUCAAGAAGAUGCUACAUAUCCUCAACCUGGUAUUAGGCACAUAGAUAGACCACGUGGUUACUACAAAACAGACCACAGAGGCCAUAACAUUAUGUCCAAUGACCAAAGAGAUCGCAACCAAUAUCCCUCAGCCGCAGUUUAUGCCUCAGGACUACAGUCGAGAGACAGCAGCUACGUAUGGGACUUAUAAAGAUCAAAGUCUGAACUGCAAACCGGUCCGCUAUUUCCCUUCCACUGAACUAUAUGGUUAUCAGCAACCUUAUCAUGGGAUUCCAGCUACAAGUCCAGUCUAUUGAGAUUAGAGACUUACUUCAAGGGAUGCAUUAGCUCACCGUGCACAUGAGAGACAUGCAUAUGAGAGACACUCAGACAGCUAUGGUCAAUCAGCUCCUAAUCCGGCAGACAAAUCAAGCUUCUUGACCCCACGACAGUACGCAGAUUACGCUCAGCCUGAGACAUAUCAGCCAUACCACCCAGUGCGCCCUCCUUCUCUUCCAUAUCCUCAUGUAGAGCCCACCUACAGAGGUCCUAUUCCCACCAUUCCUCAUUUUUUUCAGUGAAGAUCCUAGAGAGUUUGCACGACUCAAAAUUGCACUGGAGAAUUUGCUACCUGCUGAGGCUACAGAACGUUUCAAGUACCAAAUACUCGUUGAUCAUCUGAAACAGGAGAAUGCCUUGCUCACUGCAGACUUGUACGUCAACGGCAGGUACCCAUACACCAACACCAUGAGGUCUCUAACUGCACUUUAUGGUCAACCACAUCAACUCGCACUACAAAGAAUUGGAGAAUU